AUGGCGUCGUCCAAGAGAAAUGCGAGAGACCGACCUAAGAAGAAGCGGGUAAUAACAGAACGAGGAACGCGUCCUGGUAUCCGUCAUCGCGUAUCAACGCAACGUAAACGCGCAAACACUCCGCAUCGACGACAACCGUACGAUUCUGUCAGUAUACCUCAACUGGUCUACGAGCUCCUCACUAUCGAUAAAUACAAUCAAGCUAACAUCGUUACUACAUUUGUCGUCGUAGAGGCGAAACGCUUUCAGUCUCCGGAACGCUUCAGGACACCCCGUCGAAGAAUACAAAAAUAUCACGAACGGCAAAGGCUUCCGUACGAGGUGGUCGACCGUCUUGAUAGUCCGGAAUCCGUCCAAGUGCCCAAGUACGGGAUGGGAUCUAGACCUAUGUCCAUUGAAAGUCUCACGGAAUCGAUUAACGCUCCAAAUAACUCGGUGCCAAGUUCCGCGAACAGCAGCGUAUCUGAUAUCUCCGUGAAGCCGAUCGCGUUAGCGAACUCGCUCAACAGCGCCAGAGCGCUCUUCAAGAAAAAGUCCCUGGUCCAGGUUAUAAACAAUUAUAUCAAGGCAGGCAUCGAGGAAGGGAAGCGACAGGCGAAAAAGUACAUCCGCAAGGCGUUGUCCUUUGGCGUGAGAUCGGGUUACCUGAUCCCGGCCGAUCGACAGGGCAACGUGCUCCACGUGUGCCCGACCCUGGACACGGGAUCUUGGAGCACGGGACUGACUGACGUCGAGUCGCGUCGAAGACGACGCGUCGCGCGACGAGGAGAGAUCCGGCCGACGACGCUCGACGACCGCAAGGCGAUGCGUCGGGGCAUUCCGCGGAAUAAACCACGUCACGACGUGGACCAAGAGCAGAUCACGCGCCCCAAAAGGAGACACUUCGCUCAGAGUCCUGCUAGGACGAGUUUGAGCCCGAGAGCGAGCAAGCAGAAAAAAUCGUCCGACGAAUCGACGUUGCGCAAGAGAAACAAGCCAAAAACUGUCAUGAAAAGAAAGAGCAAAAUUAACGAUACUCGGAGACAACAGCGAAAAAGAGGCGACGACAAAGAUGUGAGAAAACCGGUCAAACGACGUCGCAUGGCUUCGUCUUCGAAACGCACUGAAAACAAUCAAUUCGAACCAAUCGAGCAAAGUUGCACGAACGCGAACGAGGGAGAUCGCAAUCAAUAUAAAGGCAAUGAAGAUAAUUGUGUGACAAUUACUGAGAGGCGGAAGUCGACGUCGAGUCAGGAAGACGGUUCGGAGGUGGAGACACAGAAAGCCGGGAUGAGUAUUGACGAAAAUCGUGAAAAUGCAGAGUGCAAAAACGCCGCGGACGAUGACGACGACGCUGACGACGACGAAAAGUCUGAUGAGGCGAGCAUUGAACACAGCACGAACUGCGCGAUCAGAGAAAUGGAUGCUUAA